AUGUCAAGUGUAUCACCUCAGCCGCAGCAACAACAGCAACAACAGCAACAACAGCAGCAGCAACCUGUACAGAACUUGAAAUCUAGUGACCCAUUUGCUACCAAUGUGGAAGACCUUUAUCUAGAGAGUUACGCUUUCACAACAGCAGCAGCUAUAGUAGGGUCUGUCGAUCGGAAGAUUUUUGUAUUGUUGAGAGAUGGCCGGCACUUGUUUGGGAUAUUACGAACUUUUGACCAAUUCGCCAAUUUGGUGCUACAGGACACAUUUGAGAGGAUUUAUAUGGGGGAUGACGAUGCUAAUAAACCUAGGAAAUUUGGCGAGAUAUACCGUGGAGUAUAUUUGGUGAGAGGUGAAAAUGUAGUUAUGGUGGGUGAACUAGAUAUCGAUAAAGAGGAUGACCAUUUGGACCAAUUAGAACAGAUUUCCUUUGAGGAGGCUAGCCAAGAAUUGAAAAUCAAGCAUGAAAAGAAGGUGAAAGAUGAAAAACGAAGAACAAAAACGUUAUUGAAGCAGGGAUUAAUAAAUGACUUUUAUAAAACUGAUUUAUACUAA